UUUUUUUUUUAUCAAGGCUGGGCUGUAACCUGAAGCCAAAGAGCAGAGAAAAAGGGGAGAAGCUGAGGGAGAAGACAGUGAGAGAGAAAGAGAAAUGAAGAGAGGGGGAGGGAAGAAACGAAGAGCAGAGAGAAGGUGAUGUCAGCUGAGUUCAGAAAGUAAAUAGAGGUCUAGACUGCAGCAUGCUGCCUGCAGGACGGGGACUGCAUCUGGGGCAAACCCACGGCAGCAGCCGCACCAAUCCAUGGACCAACGCUUUUAUCUCCGGGGAAGAGGGCUGGCUCCUCUCCAUCUCCCUCUUUUUUUUCAUCUUCUUGCCCUUAGUAACGGCCUGGCCUUACGACUAUAGGUAUCACUGUCCUGGUCCAGAGUGGAGCGUGAUGUGUAGAGGCUGCUGUGAAUACAAUGUCAUCCGCUGUAAGUGCCCUCUUCAGGGAACACAGGUGGGCUACGCUGUCCCCUGCUGCCGCAACGCCAUCAACGAGUGUGACCCAUGCAUCAUCCACCCAGGUUGCAGCAUCUUUGAGAACUGCCGGCGGUGUAACAACGGAACGUGGGGUCCCCGUGACGACUUCUUCAUCAAUGGCCAAUACUGUGCUGAGUGUCGCCCCGGCUGGUCUGGUGGAGACUGCAUGAAAUGUGGGGGGGUGAUCCGAAAAAGGCAGGGCCACUUGGUACUGGAGAGCUACCCCAACAAUGCCAGGUGUGAAUGGACCAUACAGGUGGACAGGCCAUUCACUGUUGAGCUCAGGUUUAUGAUGCUGAGUCUGGAGUUUCACCCAUCUUGUCGUUAUGACUACGUGGAGGUUCGAGAUGGAGACAGCAUUAACUCUCGGAUUAUCGGGAGAUUCUGCGGGAACAACAAACCCGCCGCAGUUCACAGCACAGGCAACAGUUUGCACGUUCUCUUUGUAUCCGACGGCUACAAGAACUUUGAUGGAUUCUUUGCUACUUUCCAGGAGAGCUCAGCUUGCAGCUCCUCCCCUUGUCUGCAUGAUGGGACUUGCAUCUUAGACUCGUCCUACACUUACCACUGCGCCUGUCUGGCUGGCUACACGGGCAAGAGGUGUGAAAGCGUGAUAGGUUGCCGUAGGCCUCCGGUGCCCACACAUGGAUCCACAGAGGGUCUGUUUCGCCACUCGGGUGCACGUGUCACUUUCCGUUGUGACCCCGGCUUUGAGUUGCGAGGGUUUCGCUCUGCCAUCUGCCUGAGCGAUGGCACCUGGAGUGCGCUUGCUCCACAGUGUGUGCCUGUGGAAAAAGUCUGCACUCUACCACCCAAGCCAGAGCAUGGCGACCACUUUUUGGUGUACGGACCAAAUGAUGUGCUCAUCGCUCUGCAGUACCUGUGCUUCCAACCAUUUGAACUCAGCGGAGCCUCCCAGAGGACCUGCCUUCCUAACAACACCUGGAGUGGGACUGCCCCUGUUUGCACUCAAGUGAAUAACACACUUACUGAAUCAGAAAAAGAAAAAACUGAAGAAAAAGAAAUAUAUAUUUAUAGUGACAAAGAUCUCAGGGAAGAAGUAGAAACAAAUCAGCCAAACUCAACCCAGGAAGAGGAAAAUGUUGGAGAGAAAGACACCGGGCCAGAUCACACUACAACUAUUGAUAAUGAAGAAAAUAACACUGCGGUGGUUCCGAAGAAAAAUGAUACGGAAGAUGGAUUUGAAGGGGAAUUUGAUGGAAGAAAUACUGAAACUGGGAAACCAAACGAGGGUGGAAAAAGCAAAUUUGAUAAGGAUCCAGAGAACGACCUAAACACGGUUGAUGAGAAAGUACCAGCGGCACCGGUGCCGCCCAAACCAAAAGAAGACAGCUCUGACUUAAACACGCAGCAAGAGAAGGACAUCACAAAGAUAGUGGUGAUAAAAGACAAAGGACAAGCAGAAAAGGAGAGAAAAGAUGAACAAGUGAAUGGAAAAAGAGACCCAGCAAAAUUUGGCCCCAACGACACAAAACUGAGGACAGUUUUAUCUGAGGGGGAGAACACUGUGGAGAGCUUUGAACUGGAAAUGAUGAAGAACAGCACACAGGAGUCAAGGAACAAGGAGAAGGAAAAUAACACCAUUGGAUCACCCAUACCGGGGAGGAAGCUCAUCCCCUCUCGGGUCAAUGUCACACAGUUUACACUGUACAGAGCCGGUGAGGACAGUCAUGGUGUGGUUGUUGUUCAAAAUGGUUUAUCAGAAAAAGAAUCCACAGAGACGGCAAAGGAGUUGGAGAAGGACGAAAAGGAAAAAGAGACAGAAAGAGAUGUUAACCAAAGCUUCACAGAAAGCAGCUGCCCUCCUCUGCCUCGCUUGUCCAAUGGUUACCACCAGGUGGUGCCAGAGUUGGAGCCCAAAACAGUAGAGUUCAGGUGUAACCACUCGUAUGCUCUCAGUGGUUCCGUGAGAAGAAGCUGCCAGAAAAAUGGUACCUGGAGUGGCCAACAACCAAUGUGUGUUAGAGCUUGUCGAGAGCCCAAAGUAUCAGAACUGGUCAGACAAAGAGUUUUGGCACCUCAGGUACCAUCCAGGAAAACCCCUGUGCACAAGCUUCUCACAGCUUCACUGGGGCAGCGGCUGCAGUCUGAGGGCCCCACUAAAGCUCCUGAGGUGCUUCCACAAUUGCCCCAGGGCUUCCACAAUCUUUACACACACAUUGAGUAUGAAUGUGUGUCUCAGUACUACCAGCACUCUGGAAGCUCACGCCGCACCUGCUUGAAGACAGGAAAAUGGAGUGGGCGCCAUGUCUCCUGUUCACCAGUGUGUGGGAAGCAUGCAGCCUUUGACCCAGAGAGGCCUGAGGAGGCUCACUGGCCCUGGCUGGCAGCCAUCUACCGUUGCCCCACUAAAAACACAGAGACUAAGGUGACCAAGACAGACGGCAAGACCGAGUCUCCAAAGAAGGGCGGUUGUGGAGGAAGUGACAACCUUAAUCAGGCAUCUGACUGGCAGCUGGUCUGCAGUGCAGCUCUGGUCAACCAGAGGAGCUUGGUGGUUGCAGCUCACUGUGUGACAGAGCUGGGAAAAGUGUAUCCUGUGGAUGCUGCCACAGUCAGCGUGGUGGUGGGAAAGCACUAUCGGGAUGACCACAGGAAGCAAAAAGGUCUCCAGUGGCUCAGGGUGGCUUCCAUUGCUGUGCACCCAAACUACGAUCCCAAUAUUCUUGACUCUGACAUCGCUGUAAUCAAGUUAAUUGACAAAGCAAGGAUUGGAGAAAAAGUCCUGCCGCUCUGCCUGUCAGGGAGCGAGGAGGAGGAGAUGAACUCUGGUCAAGGGCUGGUAACAGGGUGGUCUCCAAUGUCCGACUCCAGUUUAGGCCCUGAAGAGAAGGCAAGGGUCGGGCUGGUUCAUCUUGCUGAUAUAGUCCCAUGUGAGCAGCAGUACGCUCGUAACGGAGUGCCAGUCAGCGUUACAGACAACAUGCUCUGUGCGAGUCAAAGGCCCGACUACAACCCUUCGAACAUAUGUCCUUCCGACACGGGCGGGAUCCUAGUCCUCCCAGAAAUCUCAGAGACUCAGACCAGCAGUAGCCAAAAGUCAUCUCAGGUGGGUAGGGACAGCAAAAGGUUGUGGAGACUGCUGGGGCUGGUGAGCUUUGGCUAUGACCAGGGAGAAUGUGAUCCUGACCUCUACACAGUUUACACACGUGUGGCCAACUUCAAAGACUGGAUUGAAAGCAAUAUGAAAUAAAUAUCCAACACCUCUUUUCCUUCAUGCCUACAUCAGCGACAACAGUUUCCCUCAAGGCAUAAGGGAGCUUUUAUCCGAAUGCAGAAGCAACACUGGGCAGUAGAGUACUUUGUACUGGCUGGCUCAUUCAGAUGAGCUGAGCGAUCACCUUUUCAGUUCAGAGUUCAAAGUUCAGGUUCAAAUGAUCUGAAAGACUUGAAAAUGACCAGAGCAGCAUUCAGCUGAUGAUUCCAGCUGAUGGUGGUUUGGAUUGUACUCAUCUUCAUGUAAAUGUGUUCUAGUGUUAUGAUUUAUUAUUUCAAAUCUCAUGGAAAAAGAGUGUACAUAGUAUAUUGUAAACAUGAAAUGAUGACCUUUAUAAAAAGAAAUUAUUGGUCCGGUAA